AUGUACUGUCUCGCGGGAUUCACAGAAGACCCAAUAAGACGAAGCACAGGCAGAGGGACGCAGAAAUAUAAUUCUGAUGAAAGAGCCACUGGAUGGCAAGUCGAACGACGUAGCCCUAGUGUAGUAGAGCCAGGCUCACCCCAGAUAGUGUCUGCAACCGUAGAUGAGAUAGAUCUGGUGGGGGAUUAUAGGUGUUUGGGCCACUAUAGGUGGUAUUCUAGAAGACUGCAGUACGUCGCCAUGUUAACAUUGAUUAAAUUUAAAAUGGUGAGCGCUGACAGAGAAACGGCCGCCAGUUUAGAGUAUAGGCUCGAAGCUUAA